AUGUCUAAUAAUCAACAAUAUGAUAAUAAAUACUUUGAUCAUCCAUAUCAAGAUAUUGUUUCAAUAUGCUCAAAUUGUCCAAACAACACUCCUGUCUGUAUUGAUUGUAUUACUGGCAUUCAUAGCGGGCAUAUUUUUAAAAAAUUAAAUGAUAUAAAUUUAAGAAAUCAAAUACAACAAGAAUUUAAGGAUCAAACAAUACCAAAACUAAACAACUAUUUAGAAAAUAAUAAAAAAAUAUUUGAUAAAUCAAACAACAAAUUUAAACAAAUUCAAAAUAACCAUAUAAAGAAUUUUGAUGAAACUUAUAAAAUGUUUAAGGAAUUAAAAAAUAUUAUCAAUGCAAAAGAAAAUGAUAUCAAAAGAUUAUUAAUAACUCAAUUAGACCAAAAUAAAGAUGUAAAUAAUAUAAUAACAACAACAAUAGAAAACAAUAAUAAUAAAAUUAAUAAUGCUAUUAAAUAUAAUAAUGAUAUUAAUGAUAAUGAUGAUAAUAAUAUUAAUAAUGAAUUUAUUAAACUUUUAAAACACAAUCAUCAAUGUAACAAUCUUUUAUCAAAUAUAAAUAAUAAUAACCUACCAGAAUAUAAAAAUACCAAAUUAAUAAUUCAAGAAAAUAAUCUCGACUCAAUCAAAGAUUUAAUAAACAGUUAUUUAGAGGUAAUUGAUAUUGAUUUAGAUUUUAAAACACUAAAACUUAAUAAUAAAGAAUUUAUAAUUUACGAAGAAGGGUGUGAUAUUAGACAUUUAAAAAUUAGAAAUCUUGCUAUUGGACCUAUCGAAUUUUUACCCAAAAUUAUUCCAGCAACAGUUACACAUUUAUAUUUACAGGAUGGCUUUAAUCAACCACUUGAUUUUAUACCACCCACCAUAAAAUGCUUGUAUUUAGAUAACAUCAAGUAUCAAUUAACACCUGGUUCAAUUCCAGCAACAGUUAAACAUUUAUAUUUACAAUAUGGCUUUGAUCAACCACUUAGCUUUUUCCCACCCACCGUAAAAUAUUUGUUUUUAAAAAACAUCAAGUAUAAAUUGUUGUAUUUAGAUAACAUCAAGUAUCAAUUAACACCUGAUUCAAUUCCAGCAACAGUUACAGAUCUAUGUUUAAAAGAUGGCUUUAAUCAACCACUUAAUUUUAUACCACCCACCGUACAAAGGUUGUAUUUACAUAACAUCAAGUAUCAACUAACACCUGAUUCAAUUCCAGCAACAGUUAUACAUUUAUUUUUAGAAGAUGGCUUUAAUCAACCACUUAAUUUUAUACCACCCACCGUACAAAGGUUGUAUUUACAUAACAUCAAGUAUCAACUAACACCUGAUUCAAUUCCAGCAACAGUUACACAUUUAUUUUUACUAGAUGGCUUUAAUCAACCACUUAAUUUUAUACCACCCACCGUAAAAGGCUUGCAUUUAGAAAACAUCAAGUAUCAAUUAACACCUGAUUCAAUUCCAGCAACAGUUAUACAUUUAUUUUUAGAAGAUGGCUUUAAUCAACCACUUAAUUUUAUACCACCCACAGUACAAUUCUUGUAUUUAAAAAACAUCAAGUAUCAAUUAACACCUGAUUCAAUUCCAGCAACAGUUAUACAUUUAUAUUUACUUGAUGGCUUUAAUCAACCACUUAAUUUUAUACCACCCACCGUACAACACUUGUAUUUAGAUAACAUCGAGUAUCAAUUAACACGUGACUCAAUUCCAGCAACAGUUACACGUUUAAUAUUACUUGAUGGCUUUAAUCAACCACUUAAUUUUAUACCACCCACCGUACAAAGGUUGUAUUUACAUAACAUCAAGUAUCAACUAACACCUGAUUCAAUUCCAGCAACAGUUAUACAUUUAUAUUUACUUGAUGGCUUUAAUCAACCACUUAAUUUUAUACCACCCACCGUACAAAGGUUGUAUUUACAUAACAUCAAGUGUCAAUUAACACCUGAUUUAAUUCCAGCAACAGUUAUAGAUUUAAUAAUAGAAGAUGGUUUUAAUCAACCGCUUAAUUUUAUUCCACCCACCGUAAAAUGCUUGUGUUUAUACAACAUCAAGUAUCAAUUAAUACCUGGUUCAAUUCCAAAUCAUUAG